CAUUUCUAUUCCUUUCUUCCAUCAACUGAUAGGACAGCUCUAGCCAAAAUUUUCACCUGAAAUGGUAUUGCCUUGAACAGCUUUUCCAUAGUACCAAUCUUUGGGUCAACCUACAAUGGCAGCUCUUUUUGGCUAUAACAAUCUUUUGAAGAUUCCUACUAUCUAACAGCUUAGGUACAUUUACCAGAACUAAGCAAGAAAAAAGCUUUUUUAGACGGUUAGGGGAAGAAACAAUAAAAAAUACAGCAUGUUGACAGAAAAUGAAAAAUGGAUUUAGAAACUUUUUGCAACCUUUAGGCAAAAUUUCAUCUGGUUAUCUCAAAUCAUUCUCACAAUGUGAAUGAUAGGCGGUCUUUUUGUAGAAAUUUCCUAAACAAUGACAUUACAAAAGAAACAACCCAUUUAUGUUCUAAAUAUUUCUACAACCUUGUGAAUCACAACUGCUCGACCUUUGAAAAGCUGUAGGUGCAAAAGAUCUGCUUCAGCUCUUCGGCAUUUUAAACUGUACACAAGAAGCACAAUGGCUCAAGAUCAUUUAAAUAAACUUGCCAGCCUUUAUACACAAGGUAAUUGUUACCUUUCCUUGCACAUGCAAGAGUAAACUUUCCAUGUUUAACCUAUAAAAUCACAUAACUAUCUAACAGCAACGAUGAAGCAAUUCAUAUUCUGAGGUGUAUUAAAGUGCAAGUAACACAAAGUUUUGUAUCUCGUUUUUAAGAUUUUUUCCGAACCGUUUCUUAUGGUUUAAAAACAGUGUUGCGAACCUUGUUUUUGACGUGUUAGACUUUGGACAGAAAACUCUCCAGCUUUUGAUUUUAUUAUUUAUAAGAUACAAGCUGAUUACAUAUUAAGUUGCUACUGCACUCAAAUUCUACGCCAUCUCCCCCUUCUACCUCUUACCAACAACUCUUGAAGACACAUGUUCAUUUUUCUAGGGACCUGGGGAUGAGGUCAAACAGGUUUGAAGAUUAGUAAUGAGACAAAGCGACAGACAGAAAUUUUGGAAUCAAUGCGUGACACAAAAUCAGGGCUGUGACGUCGCAGUGAGAACAGAGAAGAGUUGGAUGUGCAUUUCCGUCAGUGAAAAAACAGAUGCUUGUCUAUCUCGGAAAGCCUUCUUUUUUGUUUUGUGUUGCCAUGAAGAUGUGUAGCAGCCAAUUCUAAUCACCAGGACAGUUGACUUUUCAACUGGCCAGACGAAUCUUCUUUGGUGAAACAGUGCAAUGCUUUUGUGAGGACCAAGAGGGCAUGUGGAAGCAAACGAAAAAUUCAGUUUUGUGUAGAAAGUAUUUUAAAGCUGAAUGCUUCAUUAACCUUACACUGUUCAACACUGGAUUUGCUAGAGCUUGUCCUUUAUUUUUCAUUUUUAAAUUUUUCUUGGAACCUGAUUCUUUUGGAAGUUGAUAAUUAGCACAUAAUUAGAUGUUACUUCUUUUAGAUAAACAGGUCCUUGAUUAAUAGGGGCUAACCCAUUUUGCUGAACAAGCUAGCCUGUAAUGUUAUUUUAUUAUCAUUACUAUGACUAUUCUGGAAUAUUUCUCAAGAUUACUCAAUAUUAAAAAAAAGAUCAAAUUCUUAGUUGUUGUAAUUUGCAGUCAUGAAUGAAUUUUUCAAUUUCUUUUCAGACUUUUACUGGAUAGAAAAACUGCCGUACCAACCAUCCAUUCUCAGGACACAUUCAUAUGUGAAACAGCAAGAUUAGCAUUUAGUAAAAGAGAAAGGGCCCGUACUCUGGCAUGGCAGGUGCAAGUAGAUGCUGCAACCAUGUAAAAGCAGCACUAUUCAAGGUUGGGUAGCCAAUAUUAAUGGGUUUCUGUCUCCAUCUUGUUCCUCAAUACCUUGUGCAUGGAAUCAGGAAACAAAGACCAUCAUUGAGCUUGAAUCGUUGUUCGUAAGAAAUUACAUUCUAAAAUGCCAGCAGGACAAUGUCUGCCAAAAGGAAACCAGAAUGCAGGAACUAAGCCAGUUUGAUCCAAGACAGAGUCUACAUCAAAACAUGAGAAGGGAGCGUUUGUCCAAUCUUAUCCACAUAAUUUCUCUAACAAAUCCAAAUGCAGUAUCAUUAAAAUCUGUUGAAAAAAUGGCUAUCCAACUGCAGGCAAUUUGACACUAACUAACAUAGCUAGCGAGAUAAUGGUAGAUCAGAGCUUAUCAUCAGAUGAUGCAAAAUAUCCAAAUUUCUAGCCAAAAUGUGUUUCACAGAAAAAGAAAAAAAAACUGUUGAAGAGAUGACACAAAAUCAGGCCAAAAGCAAGAACAUGAAUGAAGCAUCAAAAAGAGCCCUUAACAGCUUCAAAGCACCAUUAAUACUUCACAACAGUCAACACAAUUUCCCGCACUAAAGGUGGUGUAUGUCCGAAAAGAACUUCUCUAAACCUAGACCACAUCCAAGCAAUCAAGUGGGGUAGAGAUCAUAAAGCAGAGGCUAUAAAAGGAUUCUAUGCAAAAGAAGCAACAUCAACUUUAAGCCUAGCGCACACUAGCGAUUUUUGUCGCCAGUGACAUCAAUUUCGUCGCCAGCGACAUUGAUUUUUGUCGCUGGCGACUGAAGGUUCUUCCAGGCACACUUGCGAUCUUUUCUGCAUAAGCCAAUGAUUUUUGGUCUCGAUCUCAUAAUGAGCCUCGUUUAAAGGCGGGAAUUUAACAAGCACGUUUUUUAUAACCAAUGCAUGUGGGUGAGGUCUUGGAUUGGUCGAAGAAAAGAACAGGGUGCAUUCAAUAGUUUUGUUUCAGAACUGGAACAGGAAGAUAAAGCAAUGUAUCAACGCUACUUUCGUAUGAACAAAACAACAUUUCAAUUGCUCUUGAAUAAAGUUCAGCCGAUCAUUACAAAAAAAGACACACAUCUCCGGAAAUCAGUAUCUGCAAAGGAAAGACUCUUCGAAUCACUCUUCGAUUUUUAGCAACAGGUAAAAUGGAAUUACAUCAUUGUAAUAGUGUUUGAAAAAAUCGAAGUCAUUUUAGAAUUAUAUUUCAACUCAUACAGUAAUAGAAUCAAGGACCAAGAUACCGGGGGCCAGGGAGUGCUUGGCCCCCUGAAAAACUUCAGUAGAAUUAAUGAAGUACUUUUAUUUUGUAAAAUAUGGCUGUUUUUACUUUCAUUUGUCAGGGCUGCCCCCCCCCAAACAAAAAGUUUUAUCUUGGUCUUCGAAUAGAAUGAUAUUAACCAUAAAAACUUUCCAAAAAUAAUAAAGAUCAUUUGAAGCAGAACGAUUCUCAUUUUUUUGCCUCACAAAUUAUUUAACAAAUAAAAUAUUUGUGCAUUUUUGUGCUAAACUUAAGGAACUAAUUGAGGUCAUUUUUAUUUCAGGAGAAUCCUUUCACAGCCUUGCCUUUUCAUUUGGAGUUGGUGAAAGGACCAUCUCAGAUAUUGUACUGGAAACCUGUGGUGCUUUUUACCAAGCACUGAAAAAGAAGUAUCUAAAGGUAACAGCUAUUUAAUUGUACAAAGUCAUUUCUGGCAUACUCAUUUUUGUGUAAAAUUGAAGGCUAAAUUAUUUAGAAACCUUUUUGCCUUACAUUAUAGAAAACUAUUUCUACAUGUGCAACAAAUACCUACACCAUACCUUAAGUUAAUUUGUAAAGUUGAAAGAAUCAUUAUAGAUUUGUAAAAAAAUAUAAUCAAUGCAUGGAAACCAUGACUGCCAAACUAAAUCUAAAUAUCGUGUUUUUUUAAUGAGAGAAUUUGAAAAGAUGAAAAAAUAAUAUCAAAAGUUUUCAGUAACUUGAAUUACUAUCCCUGGGUGAAUUGACCAUUUCAGGGGAAUGAAAAAUUAGGCCUUGCACUGCUGUUUUGUGGGCUUACAAAUUGAUGCUGGCUUGGAAAAUAUUGCUGGCCUGUCAAAUUUCCUCCAAUACCCAUUUGUGCCUGAAACAAUGCAUUUUGGAUAUUGUUUAUUGCAAUCAUGGCUGUCUGCUCAUCCAUUGCUGACAAUGUUUGGCCAACAUAUUUACCAAAGGCAAUACAAGGUGUGCUCUUUGCUGCUUUGGGGUCAUCUUCCAAUGAUGACGCCAGCUUUUUCAACACUUCCAUCUCCUCUUCUUCUCCCUUUUUUUGUUGUUUUCCUCUUUCCUCAUUGUUUCUGUUGGCUUCUUUGUGGAUUUUUUCUCGUGAACAAAAAAAGCCUCUGUAUUUUCAUUUGCCUCUUCAUCCUCCUCAUUUAAAGAUAUUCUCUUUGAAUCAUCAACAUCAUCAGUUUCCUGAAAUUAAAACAAAUUUCUUUUUAACUUAAAGGGGAAGUUCGGUCUAAAAUGAAAUUUGGCUAUAUUGCUGUAAAUAUAACAGAAGGCUUUGUUGUGAAUUGUUUUUGCUCUUACCUCUCAUUUUACUCUGUUAUUCCACGAAAACUGUCUCCUAAAGUCGCCUCGCGAUAGGCCGCCAUCUUCAACUCUCACGAGGAUAAUGUUGUUGUUGCCUUUGACGUCAUCACGUUCAGAAGAUCGCAGUGAGUCACUGAAUGAACGCUGCUUACGCAGUCAAUAGUAUUUUUAUCAUUCAACCCCAUUGUAUUUAUUGCUCAACCCACAUAAUAUUCACAGAUUUAUGUAAAAGUAUAGAGAACAGACAUAUUUUUCAACUGCAAGAUUUCGUUUUUACCGCAAAAUGGCUGAAAAAUUCAUUGACGAAGUCUUGUCAUCAGAAGAGAGCACAGAUGGAAACUGUGAAUCGGAGGAUAAUGCGGUUCCUGAAAUAAAUCGUUUAAAGCCUUUUGAUAUGGAACCUAGGCGGAAACUUGAAGACUGGGAACUGAACGAUUUGGAUGGAGAAUCAGAUGAUUCUACUGAGAGUGAAUCUGAAAGAGAGAGAAUCGGAAAUGCCUACUGGUGCGUUUGUGGGGGUAAAUGUAAGGCAAUGGAAACAUACGCCGAAAGUCUUUGCUGCCAAGAAACUAACGAUAUUCCAGAAAAUUACUUCCAAGGCCAAAGUUGCAUAUCUUUGUCUGCGGAUUUCAAGAUUGUUUGUUUGACCAGAGCUGUACUCGAAACUGCCCUGUCUGCUAUGAACAACUUGAGAGGAGACAAGCUUGUUAUAAAUAACAGGACUUUACGUUUCGCAGCAUAUAAGCAAUACACGUGGUGGGUUCAUAACCGGCUUGGCAAAGGAGUUCGAAAAGUCAUUCCAUCUUGUGCUAUUUGGGCCAUUCGGAAUAGUUUUCCGUCUGAGAACGCCUACUACGUGCCAUUCAUGGAGAGCCGGCUUGAGGAUAAAAGACUAUAUCAAGAGAGUGAUAGUGACGAAUAAAAGCACAAAAUUACAGUAUACUCUCUUUAAGUUUGGAUAAAUGAACAUAAUUGAUAUGUGAACAGUAAACCCUUUGCAAGUUUGGAUAAGUAGGACGCCUACAAAGUAGUACACUUUUGCUCAGUCCAUUGAGUGCCCCACU